AUGGAUCUCUUCCGCUCUCCAGAGUUUGCCUCGCGCGUAGAGCAGCUCAUCAAGAAGCACCACACUCCAGGGCUCGCCAUCGCAAUUGUGCACAAUGACCAAGUUGCGUCGGCAGCCUACGGAAGUGCCUCGUUGGACCCGCCAAGGCCCAUGACGACUGAUACACUCUUCGAUGUUGCGUCAGCUUCCAAGUCGCUCACGGCUGCCGCGGUGGCCUUGCUUGUGGACGAUGAUGAAAAGUAUCCAGAGGUCAAGUACGACGCGCGCAUGUCGGACCUUCUUCCCGGCGACUUUGCCAUGCCCAGCAAGGACUACGAUGAAGUGACUCUUGAUGACGCAUUGGGCCACAGAACUGGACUUUCAUCCAACGACUACUCGUAUUUCGGCAUCAACGCGGACCAGCCCGAUGACGCUUGUUCCGUAACCAGAAAUAUCCGCAACCUGCUCGUUGCAGCACCAAUCCGUACAAAGUACAUCUACUGUAAUGCCAUGUAUACCGCAGUCACUCAUCUCGUGGAGAAAAAGACCGGAACACCAUUUGCCGACUUUCUGCGCCAAAAGUUCUUUGAACCUCUGGAUAUGACGUCGUCCUUUCUUCAGCCUAAAGAAGCCCGUGAAAAGGGCUUUGGGGACAGUCUAACCCCAGGGCAUUAUUGGGAUGAAGACAGGGAAGAAUACCUCACGUUUGACUAUCCAGACUGCCCAGAGGGCCAGGGCGCUGGUUCCGUCGUCACCAGCGUAAACGACUACAUCAAGUAUGUCCAAGCCAUGUUGAAUAGAGACGGGCCCUUUACGGAAGACAUCUACAGGGGUAUCCUGAAACCAAGGACAAUAGUAGGCCUGGACUUGGAGAAACCCUAUCCAUAUUCAUCGCCGAGAAUCUACGCCUCGGGAUGGCAUCUGCACCACUGCAAGGACUACGAUGAAGUGACUCUUGAUGACGCAUUGGGCCACAGAACUGGACUUUCAUCCAACGACUACUCGUAUUUCGGCAUCAACGCGGACCAGCCCGAUGACGCUUGUUCCGUAACCAGAAAUAUCCGCAACCUGCUCGUUGCAGCACCAAUCCGUACAAAGUACAUCUACUGUAAUGCCAUGUAUACCGCAGUCACUCAUCUCGUGGAGAAAAAGACCGGAACACCAUUUGCCGACUUUCUGCGCCAAAAGUUCUUUGAACCUCUGGAUAUGACGUCGUCCUUUCUUCAGCCUAAAGAAGCCCGUGAAAAGGGCUUUGGGGACAGUCUAACCCCAGGGCAUUAUUGGGAUGAAGACAGGGAAGAAUACCUCACGUUUGACUAUCCAGACUGCCCAGAGGGCCAGGGCGCUGGUUCCGUCGUCACCAGCGUAAACGACUACAUCAAGUAUGUCCAAGCCAUGUUGAAUAGAGACGGGCCCUUUACGGAAGACAUCUACAGGGGUAUCCUGAAACCAAGGACAAUAGUAGGCCUGGACUUGGAGAAACCCUAUCCAUAUUCAUCGCCGAGAAUCUACGCCUCGGGAUGGCAUCUGCACCACUACCGAGGUUACAACAUUGUCGCGCACGACGGGGGCAUACCUGGUUGUAGCACCACACACAUGUUUAUGCCCGAGCUCAAACUUGGUUGUGUCGUGUUUGGAAACGCCGAAGGCGCCUGCACCAUUUUCACGGCCUUGACGCACGAAUUGAUUGACGAUGCGUUGAACCUGCCCAAGGACCAGAGAUUGGAUUGGGAAAAGGUAGAAAUCAAGAUGUUUCAUGGUGAUGAUGAUCAUGAUGAAGAGGGUGGUGUCGAGGGCAAUAAUGAAGACGAGGACGAGCCAGAUUGGCAGGCUUUCUUCCCCGAUAUCAAGGAAUGCCAGUCGCAUGAGCGCCCGUUGGAGGCCUACACUGGCUACUACUGGCAUGCCGGCUACCGCGGCAUCAACGUACAAGUUCAGGAUGACCAGCUCUUUAUCGAUGCCAAUGACAGAUCUUUUGCCUUCACACUAACUUUCAAACACGUAUGUGAGCAGACAAAGUUUGUGGCCUACCUGUGCUGUCCGACUGAGGGUCUGAAUGAUCCAAUUCGAGCUGAAUUCCGGUUUGGUGACGAUGGAUCCGCAACCCAUAUAGGCGUUCAGUUGGACGAGGACUUGGAUGACCUAAUUUGGUUUCAGAAGACAAAUAAAGGAAACGUCUAG